AUGACACUGCAGAUUGGGCUGGAGGUCCAGCCACUCAAGCCUCCUGCAUCCAACAGGGACCAGAAGCAGGUUGCGAUGAAUGCUGGGGAUGAAUACCACAAUGGAACAGACACUGAGCCAAAUGAAGAGGAGGAGCUGAACGAGGACACCGUGGAGAAGAUUGUGAGAUGCAUCAUCCAAAACGAAGCAAAUGCAGAGGCCCUCAAGGAGAUGCUGGGGGACAAUGAGGGGGACAUUCCAGUGCCAGUGCCCAGCCUUUGUCCUCACCGUAACAGUCAGGACGGGGGCCCACCACAUCACCACACAGUGCAUCUGGGCUCCACGCAGGCUCCCUGCAUCCACUGCAGCAAGAGGAAGAGGCACCCACUGCAUCGGCAAGGACGGUCCAAGGAAGGUAAAGGCAGGAUGCAUCCUGGAGAGACCACCGUCUUCUCAGUGGGCAGGUUUCGUGUCACACACAUCGGGAAGAAACCCACUUUUCAUGAACAGCAGGAUGGUCCCCUGCCCGAUGGCAGCCGGGAGCCCAGCACAGAGGAGCUGGAGCACAGCAGCGACCGGCUCCAGCGAGAGAGCGCUCGCAAUGGGACUGUCCCCAUGGGUGGCCUGCAGAAUGGAGCCGUCCAGAAAGCUGCCCAGAGUGGCAAAGGUGGGGAGCAGAGCCGCUCCACCACCCCAGCCCCAAACACACCAGCCAGCUCGCUGCAGGAUGCUGCCACUGCUCCUGGGAGUGUGAGCCACCAGCGGAAGCUCCUGAGCCAUCGAGCACUGGGAGGAUCGAGUCCCAGCAUUCCAGGAGAGCUGGUGCAGGAAGGAGCCAGCAUCUGCCUGGAGGAGAUCGGACUGGAGUCAGCAGAUGAAGUGUCAGAUAUUCACGGGAGCCUGAGUCUGCACGAACAGGCUGAUGAGCUGGGAAGAGAUGACAGCAGCAGAAAACAGCCCGGAGUGGAGGACAUGGGGCAGCAGGUGCCCAGCGCCGUGGUGCAGGACCGAGGAGCAACUGUGUGA